CAUACUUGCUUCUUUUGCUUCUGGAAAAUUCUACUCACACCCGGAACGAAGAUGAGGACUGAUUUGUAUCAUUUCAUUCAGCUUUUUCUGUACACUAUCGAGUGUCUCCUUUAAUUGCUGCACCGCCUUUAUGCGUGGCAAUGGAUGUGUCUCCUCCUCAGCAAUAAAUGUAUCUUUAUGUGCAUUCUCUUAUUAGAAUUAUUGUUCUGAAGCUGCUGUUUUACAGCAAGAAGCAUGUGUCUGCCCCCUUGUGGUUCGCACGCUCUCAAAUACAGUAGAAGCUAUGUGAUUAAUGGCUGGAAAGGAUGGCAUAAAUAAGGGGGAGGUCUCACUCAUUAACCUUUUCAAGUGUUAUUUCAUAGAGAUGAUGCGUUGAACUGUGGCCUGCAGUCGUGUGUGUGUUACGUAAUGUCACCCCAUCGCACUGAAUCAGCCUCACUAUGCUGCCUGGCACAUAUACACUCUACAUACACUCAGUGCCAGGGGUGUCCAAACUUUUGCCAGGGAGGGCCACUGCUAAGAGGUUUUAUAUCCAUAUAUACACACACAUGUGUGUAUGUAUGUGUGUGUAUAUAUAUAUAUAUAUAUAUAUAUAUAUAUAUAUUUUUUUAACUGCAUCUCAGUGUCACGUCGGGGGUUGCUGCUGUCGAAGACUUGACCCCCGAUAUGCAGAGAGGAGGCGGUUAAGUGCAAAAUUAAAAGUAAUUUAAUUGCAGACAACAAGAACAAAACCAAAAGUGACAGAGGAAAAGCUCUGGGGGGGAAAAAAAAUGAUACAAAAAUAAUAUCAACCGGUAAGUCUAGGUGACAGCACUGGAAAGGCAACGAAGUUCAUCAACAAUGUACAUGACAGUGGUCUUUUAACUGUCACUGAUUAAUAUUGACAGCAGGUGUGCGGCCACCAGGCGUGGAGUGGCAGUCCCUUCCACCACACCGGAAGCACUGCUUGCCAGAAUAAUGGCACAGAACAGGAAGUACACGCUCCUGUCCUGCGUAGCUUGACACUCAGCUAUGUGAUAUAUGUGAAAUAGUCUAUUAUUAGUAUCAACUUUGCUCUUUUUCCGCCCGCAUUUUGUGCCGUUUUUCCCUGAAUAUAUCAACUUUGUUAGUUUUCUUCUUGUAAUAUGAUGAAUUUAUCCAAUAAUAUUUUGACUUUUUUUCUCAUAAUAUUACAGCUUUUUCUUCAACCUAAUUUUCCUAAAAUUUCAACUUUAUUUUUGUUUUGUUUGUUUCUCAUAAUUACGACGUUUAAAAAAUUGUUUCUUUAAUCAUGAAACUCUAUGUUACUACAAUGACAUUAUUUUUCCUCAUUAUGUUACAUGUUUAUUCUCGUAAAUUAUUUUCCUGGUUAAAAUUCAACUUCAUUCUCGUAAAAUUACAGCUGUUUUUUCAUUUCUUUUUUUCUCCCAACUAUUUAUUUUCAUAAUUUUUACGUUAGUCCCACAAUAUUUUGACUUUAUUCUCACAACAUUACAACUUUUUCCUGAAACAAAUUUUCCAAAAGUUGCAACUUUAUUUGCUGUUUUGUUUGUUUUUUCAUAAUAUUACAACUUUAAAAAAGUCUUUGCUCUUUACGCUACUAAAAUGACGUUCUUUUUCCCCAUAACACGACCACAUUAUUCUUGUAAAAUUACGACUUUUUCUCGUUAGAAAACAGCUUUUUUGUCAUAAUAUUUUGACUUGAUUCAUGUCAAAUGACUGCUGAUGUUUCCAUUUUUGCUGCUGUUUUAUUGUUAAAGUAUACUUUUAGAACGUUCCGCGUUCCAAAUGGCCCCUGGACCACACUUUGGACACCCCGCUCUAUGGUCAAGUGGAAGCAAGAUGGACGUGUCCUCAUCGUCCAAAAAGCGUGUGAAGAUUCACCCGAACGCGGUGACGGUCAAGUACGCCACUCACUUCCCCCAGCCCGGUGAUGAAGGCUAUGACGACGCCCCUUCCUUCGAGGACUUUGGCGCCUUUGCUGAAGCCAACACGGGAACGAGGCUGGUGUCGGAGGGCAAAGGCGGGAGGACAUUGUUCGGGACUGUGGAGACGCAAGCCAAGCCGUCCGGCGUGCCCAGGGACAAAGGGGUCGGGGGUCAGCUGGCCAGCUUUGGUGAGGCCAACGUGCUGGCCUCCAGGGUGACGUGGAUGGUGCUGUUCGGGGCGGCGGUCGCUCACGGCUGCGUGGCCUUGAUCACCCGCUUGGCGGCGGACCGCUCCAAGGUGCCCUCCCUGGAGCUGCUCUUCAUCCGCUCCGUGAUCCAAGUGCUCUCCAUCCUGGUGGUCUUCUACCACCACGAGGCGCCCUUCGGGCCGAAAGGCUACCGACUGCGUCUCUUCUUCUAUGGCGUCUGCAACGUCAUCUCUAUCACCUGCGCCUACACCUCCUUCGCCAUCGUGCCCCCCAGCAACGGCACCAUCAUGUGGCGCGCCUCCACCACCGUCUUCAGCGCCAUUCUGGCCUUCCUGCUGCUGGACGAGCGUCUGGGCUACACGGACGUGGUCACGGUGGUGGGCAGUGUGUUCGGCCUGUGCCUGGUCAUGGUGCCCAAUGUGGCGGACGAGGACAAGUCCAGGCUGGGCUUCUGGAAGGAGGCCUUUGGCUACACUAUGACGGUGAUGGCCGGCCUGACCGCCGCCCUCUCCAUGAUCGUCUACAGGGCCAUCAAGGAGCGCGUCAGCAUGUGGACGGCGCUUUUUACCUUCGGCUGGACAGGCACGGUGUGGGGCGCUUCCACCAUGUUCAUCAUGCAGGAGCCCAUCAUCCCCCUGGAUGGGGAGACGUGGGGCUACCUGAUCGGGAUCUGCAUCUGCUCCACCGUGGCGUUCCUGGGAGUCUACUACGCCCUCAACAAGUUCCACCCGGCCUUAGUGAGCACCGUGCAGCACCUGGAGAUCGUGGUGGCCAUGUUCUUACAGCUGAUCGUGCUGAGGAUGGUCCCCUCCGUCUAUGACGUCAUCGGCGGCCUGGUCAUCAUGGUCAGCGUGUUCACCCUCACGGGGCUCAAGCUGUACCGGGUGAGCAGGGCCAUCCGCCAGGAUUACCAGGAAAUCCUGGACUCGCCCAUCAAAUGAGGCGGUGGGGGUCUGUGCGUGUCGUCGUCGUUUACAAGUGUUGCUUGCCCGUGCCAUUCAGAGAAUGUGAUGACUUUUGUAACGUUGUGCUGUUUGAAGAGUGACAUUGUGUAACUAACGUCUCAAUAUCUGUACGUGACUUUUGCCCCGACCCCACCUCCAAAAAUACGUUUUAAUGUCAAAUUGUGUCAGUCCCCAACGAAGAAAGUUUCAUUUUGGGCUUUUAAAACAUGGCAAAUCUGGUUUUGACGGUGCGGUCUUCAUACCAUCAUCAGAACAUCAGCGAGUGUUUGCAAUGCAGUGAAAGUGUCAUCUCACUCGUCACUGAUAUCAACAUGACACAGAACACCUUCACGCUUCCUCAUCACGUCUGGACACAUCAGCUACAAUGCAUACGUAUAUUAUACAAAUAUAUUAUUUACAUGCUUUUUCAUUUCAUUUAUUAUGUUGAAUAUUUCAUAUUAUUUUCCUAUAGUUUACUUAUUUUGUAUUAUUUUUUUAAUUACAUUAUUUCACUACAUUUUUAUUACAUUUAUUUAUUUGAAUGAUCAAAUAAAAAGAUGUAUACUUCUAUACUGUGUAUACAGUGCAGCGUUUCCCACAGGAACUCAAUCUAUUUGUGGCGAUGGGUUGUGUCAUCAUUGGCCAUGACGCGUGUGCGUGUACAAAUGCAAAUGAACUUUCUUCUGUCAUUUCUGCAAGACCGGAAAAAGUCGCAAGAUUUGUGACCGGUCACAUUUUUUUAAAGGGAGACUCUAGAAGGGUCUGAAUACUCAAAGCGGCUAAGUUGGCAACACUGAUCCCCUCUGCUCCGUCUUCUUAUUCUCUGGCAGACCAGCUAUGUUAAGGAGCAGAGUUACGAUGCCGUCUACUGGACGGAGUUGGAACGACAAGCUACAUCCACAGUCAGACCCAUUAUCAUGUGUUCAUGAGCGAGGGCCAACAGGUAGCGCCACAUCUGUUUGUGGUGGGCUGCCAUGUUUCUUUUAAAUUAUUUGUUUUUAUUAUUUCAUAAGAGUAUUGUAUCAGAGUAUUCAUUCAAUGAAAACAUGUAUAAUGUAUGUAUAUCAGUAUAUCAUAUGGCCAGACACCGUGUAGAAUUCGUUUUGCCAUUGAGGAAGGUGAAAUCGCCAUGAUGGUGCGGGACGAUGGUGUACUAUCUGAUGUUGACAUGCUUGUUUACUUUCCUGCCGGCGUCUCGCGGCCAUAUUGGCAGUUGAUUAAGAACACCAUGCGGCGUUUCAAGGAAGUGGGCGUGUUGCACUUCCCAAUCUGCCCGGCAGAGGGCAAUGACAACCCUUUUUUAAUGGCUCAAGACAACCAGAGAGUAUUACUGUACGGUUUUAAUUAUUGUGGUCAGUUAUGAAGGCAAUCAGUGGUGUGUUUUCUGAUUACAACUAUGCAGCUGGAUGCAUCACAUAUAAUUAAACACGUGCCACCUUA